UUCAAUAUGGCUGCUAGAGAGAAACAUCGGACAUAAAUAAUAUUUCUUUUUGCGAUUCGUGUCGACUAAAGCUCUUAAAAUGCCAUCACAAAGUGGUAUAACUACAAGGUUGGGUUCAAGACUUAAAAGACGGCGUUCGUCAGUCAAGAAACGGACCUAUUCAGCCACAUCUGCAGCUGAGAGUGAACACAGCGAUGAGACACCUUCCACAUCUGGAGCUGUAGGGCAGCCAAACGUGCCACAGUAUAAUUUACGCCGCAGACCAGGUGAUGCCAGUAACACCAUUGUCCCAGCAAAAAGGAAGAAAAACUCCAAACCAUCUGUUCCACAAAUUAGAGGUGAAGCAGUGGGGGGCAGGUACCUCCAGGAGGAUCUACCAGACGAAGUGCUACUCAAGAUAUUCAGCUACCUGCUUGAGUUUGACCUGUGUCGUGCGGCUAGGGUCUGCAAGCGGUUUCGGGCUAUCGGAGAGGAUAUCGAACUGUGGAGAAAGUUAUACCAAGAAAUAUUUGAGUAUGAUCUGCCCUUAAUCAGACGUGAGCCAAAGGUGUUUGCAUUCCUUGAAAAGGAUGACAAAGAGUUUGCAAAUCCAUGGAAAGAAAGCUUUAAACAACUGUAUCAUGGUGUUCAUGUACGACCCGGCUGCAGUAACAUGUACUCCUACUAUGGCGGUAGAAGGCUGGCCAGUCGCAAAAUGUUUUGUUUUGAUGCCAUAGAGCAGGCAUAUACGUGGGUGGACUCUGAGGUCUAUGAGGACCCUCUUAUCUUUGUGCACACGGGGAUAUAUGUGGGGGAGUUCCUGCUCAUUGAUCUGGGGGUCAUCAUUAUUGGGGCAGCUCAAGGAAACGUGAUGGACCAGGUGAUCAUUGAACGAGAGAGUGAGUCCACCAUUGUGUUUGCAGAGGGAUCAAAGGAUGCUUAUCUUGGAUAUAUCACAUUAAAGUUUACCCCAGACAUUGCAUCGUCUGUGCCCCAUCACAAACACUACGCACUGGAAGUGACAGAGAACUGCUCGCCCACCAUCGCCCACUGCAGAAUUAAGAGCACGUCAGUUGGUGCUGCAGUGUGUGUGGCAGGCUCAGGUGCUGACCCCUUCAUUCACCACUGUCUUAUCAAGGACUGUGAAAAUGUUGGCUUAUAUGUUACAGACUAUGCACAGGGGACCUAUGAGGAUAAUGAAAUCAGUGGAAAUGCGCUGGCAGGAAUCUGGGUGAAGAACUAUGCCAACCCCAUCAUGCGACGUAACCACAUUCACCAUGGGCGUGACGUUGGGAUCUUCACCUUUGAUUAUGGCCAGGGCUACUUUGAGAACUGUGAUAUACACAACAACCGGAUUGCUGGGUUUGAGGUGAAGGCAGGUGCCAAUCCAACGGUCACCCAGUGCGAGAUUCAUCACGGCCAGACAGGUGGCAUUUACGUCCAUGAAAACGGCCGUGGCCAGUUUAUCGAAAACAAAAUUCACUCAAAUAACUUUGCUGGUGUCUGGAUAACGUCAAACAGUGAUCCAACCAUCAGGAAGAAUGAGAUCUACAAUGGGCAUCAAGGGGGCGUGUAUAUAUUUGGGGAAGGCCGGGGCCUCAUAGAACAUAAUAAUAUUUAUGGCAAUGCUCUGGCGGGCAUUCAAAUCCGAACCAAUAGCAAUCCAAUAGUUAGACACAACAAAAUACACCAUGGUCAACAUGGCGGAAUUUAUGUGCAUGAGAAAGGUCAGGGCCUUAUUGAGGAGAACGAAGUGUUUUCCAACACACUUGCCGGCGUGUGGAUUACCACAGGUAGCACGCCAGUCCUGCGACGCAAUAGGAUACACAGCGGGAAACAGGUUGGAGUGUACUUCUAUGAUAAUGGUCAUGGAGUGUUGGAGGAUAAUGAUAUCUUCAAUCAUCUGUACUCUGGUGUUCAGAUAAGAACUGGGAGUAAUCCACUGAUUCGACGGAACAAGAUCUGGGGUGGACAAAAUGGAGGAAUCCUAGUGUAUAAUAGUGGUCUCGGGAUGAUUGAGAACAAUGAGAUAUUUGACAAUGCCAUGGCUGGCGUGUGGAUUAAAACGGACAGUAACCCAGUGUUGAGGCAUAAUAAAAUCCAUGAUGGCCGUGAUGGUGGCAUCUGCAUAUUCAAUGGUGGCAAAGGGAUCCUUGAAGAAAACGACAUUUUUCGCAACGCUCAGGCAGGCCUCCUAAUCAGCACUCAGAGUAACCCAGUACUGCGACGGAACAGGAUCUUUGAUGGCCAAGCGGCGGGUGUUGAAAUCACCAAUAACGCGACGGCCAAUCUCGAUGGCAACAAAGUGUUCAAUAAUAAGUUUGGAGGAUUAUGUCUCGCAAGUGGUGUUAACCCUAUAAUGAAAGAUAAUCAAAUCUACGGCAACCACAACAUGGUUCAGAAAGCAGUCAGCUCCGGCCAGUGCCUGUACAAGAUAUCCAGUUACACAAGCUUCCCCAUGCAUGACUUCUACAGGUGCAAGACGUGCAACACAACAGAAAGAAAUGCCAUAUGUGUGAACUGUAUUAAAACUUGCCACGGCGGUCAUGAUGUUGAGUUUAUACGACAUGACCGCUUCUUUUGUGACUGUGGCGCAGGAACUUUGAACAAUUCGUGUCGACUACAGGGUGAGCCUACGCAAGACACGGACACCCUUUACGACUCGGCUGCGCCCAUGGAGUCUCAUACAGUGCGAUUAAACUGAACCUUCAUGCUGAAUGGGCACCAACACCUACCAUGCAGUGGAAAUAAGUUUGCCAACACCUACCAUGCAGUGGAAAUAAGUUUGCCAACACCUACCAUGCAGUGGAAAUAAGUUUGCCAACACCUACCAUGCAGUGGAAAUAAGUUUGCCAACACUUACCAUGCCAAAAGCCAAAAAGUGUGUCUUGUGUAGAAGAAUACCUUGUGUUACAGAUACCUUAACUUAUUUUUCUGUUAAGAAAUGCAGUCAUGAGGGAAUGGAAUUUGAUUUUGUUUUGUAUAUUCACAGCUGUAGAAACCAGUGAUGAACGUACAUAAAGCUCUUUGAAGAAGACAGAGAUUAACUUUUUAAAUACACAAUGGGUACUUGUUCACAGAUUUUCAGCAUUUUUUAAAGUUUUUCAUGAAUGCCUGAUCUGUCAUGAAUGCCUACUUGACAUACUAAAAGGAUUUAGAAAACUAACAUAUAACAACAUGAACAUAAAACAAACGUUAAAAUAUUUUUAAGAAUGUUAGACCCAACCGGGGUCGUUUGGGAAUGAAAAUCUGCCUUUUUCACCCCUUAACCAUCUUGACAGUUAUAUUGCAUCAUGCAUGUUUUAGCACAAGUAAGAAAACCACGCGCUGAUUAAAAUCUCAAAGAAAGCCAACAGAAGCAGUCCCAAAUCAUUCAAUUGUUUUGCAUGUGUAAUGCCUCGUAAUCUUAUCCAUUGCAAGCAAUGAUCCCCUACUCAUAAAUGACUUUUUGUAUUUUAACUUAAUUCUAAUGUCAGUAGUGACAUUCUUUUAUUGUGUACACUUGUCUUAUGGUUUUUGAUAUAGUAGUGCCAUUCUUCUAUUGUGUACACUUGUCUUUUGGUUUUUGAUAUAAAAAAAUUGUAGAGUUGUCAAUUCAUCAUAUCUGUGAACAACAGUUAAUGUAGAAGAUAAGUAUGUUCUUCAACUGCUGUACAGCUUUUUAUAUACAAUGAUCACAACUCAAACUUAUGCACACAAUUUAAUUGCACAGUGUAGAUUAUCCUGUCAGAGCCUAUAUUUUCUGGUGCUGUUAUUUUAACAACAAAUUCUGUUGUGGCCAUAGAUGUUUUCAUAUGACCAGUAUGCAUUUGUGUUUAAUGUAAAUCAUUUUUAUAUGAAAUUUUUUUUUUAUUAAUAGCAUUUUCCAUUUUGUAUAAGUUUUUAUUUAAACAUCAUUUUUGCUUGCCCUCGAUGGGUAAAAUGGGUAAUAACUUUGAAGUUCAGAUAACUCUUCAUAUAACUUUUAGUCUUAUUUUUUGUAUAUGUUCAUAUUUUAUAUCGCUAUGUACCAUUAUCUUAAGUAGUUAGGGUAUUUUAUGGCUUAUAUCAAAAUAAAGUGUUGAUUUUUAAAAAGUUAGAAUUAUUUUUAUGCAAAGGUAGCAACCACUUGUUGCAAUUUUCAAAAUCACCAUUACUAUGGUAUGACACAGUUAUGAGUUUAGCAGUAUUACUAUUAAUACAAUUAUUUGUAUAGGUUAGUCACUACUUGGUUAGCAAUACUUAUCCUGCAAACAAUCCUACAAUUUCUACAUUAAUUUGAAGCUUAUAUAUGGUAAGUUCAUUUCAAUAUUCUUUCUUCUUUAACUUGUAUUUUAUCAAGUUACAUUUAACUUAUGUAUUCUUUAUCUGAACUGUAUUAAAUAUGUGUUUUCCCAUUUAAAAUAUCCUAUAUUUUAAAAUAGAGAAAUGAUGUCUUAAAAACUUGACUUAUAAAAUGCCAUUUCUUCAUUUAAAAGAGUCUUAUUAUGUAAUCUGUAUUGUCAUUCAAUUUAAGACACGUCCUUGACUCCUCUAGCUUUUAUUCUUUGUUUGAUAGUCACAGGGAUCCAAAAUUAGCCUAAAUCAAUAUGCUUUAAUGGCAGAAUUCUGAAUUGCCAGGCCAAACUGCCCAUUCCAACUGCUGGAUGGUCAAAGAAUGUAAGUUGGGUGUGAAACCAUAGUAUGGGAUAUAUUGUAGACAUGCUAUGCAGAUACUAUAGUUUCACACUAAACCAUGGGAUGUACUUUCUUUCUUAACAGUAAUAAACAUUUUGUCCUUUUACUUAGAGGCAUGUUGAUAAAGGAAAUAUAUAUGCAUAAUAGGCCAUUAUGUCACUUUAUAUUUGUUUACAGAUAAACGGGACACGAAGUCCUUACAUGGCAAGGUAUAAGUGCCCAGUCACACUUUUAACAGCAAUAUUUGUAAAAUCAUCUGUAAGUUCUUGUAAAUAUGCAUGUACAAAGUGCAUAUAACACAGUUAUCAAGUUUUAUUGUACAGAAAACUUAUUGUUGUGUAUAGAUCUUAUUUUUAUCUGUACAGAUGUCAAUGUUUUUGUAUCGCUUAUUUCAUAGUCUCUAAGGUGUUGGUUUUAUUGUUGUUGACUGUUGUGGCACUUGUAGUUUCAUUUAUCUCACUGUUAAGUGCUAGCUUGAAAGCAUGCCUCAUUGUAUAAUCUUCUCUAACCCUCUAUUGUAUGGUAAGCAGUCUUCUUGUAUUGUUUGAUCAGCUGAUAUAACAUUGUAGUUACUUAAAAAUUUAUAUUCUUAAUGUUUGCAUGGGGAAAGUGAAAUGUCAUUUGAAUCAUUUUGUGUCUGAAAUCAUCAUUUUGUGUCAGAAUUUUUGCUAAGCACUAAUCACACAUCAUUACCAUUUUUAAGAUGCCCUCACAAAUAAAAAUUACUACUUAUUGAUAUAAAUGCACACUAAGUGUGUAAUUUUGUAUCAAGAAGCAUGAAUCUUUUAUACCUAAAUUGUAAUUCAAUGUUUGAAACCUAGUUUAUUGCCAAGAGACAUGUUUUGUAAUUAUAAUUGUAGUACAAUUACAAUUUGUUUUAGAUUUCCUCUUGGGUGAACCAUUUUGAUGGGUGAAUUUUAGAGGAAUGCAACUGUGGUCAUUUUGACAUAGGAUGUGGCUGUUACAUUGUCUGUGCAGUCCAAUCAGUCUGUUUAACUUCAUUAUUCAUUUUUAGAUCGACUAUUAUAUAUGACAUAUUAUAUAGUGGAGCUAUCCUACUCACCCCGGCGUCGGCAUUCCCGUUAGCGUUAGCGUGCAAAUUUUAAAGUUUGCGUACUACCCCAAAUAUUUCUAUGUCCUUUGACAUAUUGCUUUUAUAUUUAGCAUACUUUUUAACCAACAUGACCCCAAUCUAUAAAUAAGAGCAGACAACUGUAUCAAGCAUUUUGACAGAAUUAUAGCCCCUUUUAUACUUAGAAUAUGCAUAUUAUUGAUAAAUCUAUGUUAAAGUUUGCGUACUACCCCAAAUAUUUCCUAUGUCCUUUGACAUAUUGCUUGUAUAUUUUGCAUACUUCUUAACCAACAUGACCCCAAUCUAUAAACAAGAGCAGACAACUGCAUCAAGCAUUUUGACAGAAUUAUGGCCCCUUUUAUACUUAGAAUAUGCAUAUUAUUGAUAAAUCUAUGUUAAAGUUUGCAUACUACCCCAAAUAUUUCCUAUGUCCUUUGACAUAUUGCUUUCAUAUUUUGCAUACUUCUUUACCAAUAUGAUCCCAAUCUAUAAACAAGAGCAGACAACUGUAUCAAGCAUUUUGACAGAAUUAUGACCCCUUUUAUACUUAGAAAAUUGAACAUUUGGUAAAGUGUUUUGGUCCAUUUUACUCCUGAAGUAUCAUAGCUAUUGCUUUCAGACUUGGAAAACUCGCUAACUAUCGUAUGGGGACUGUAUAGGGCAAGUUUCAUAACUCUGGUUGGCUUUUUAACAGAAUUAUGGCCCUUUUUUGUCUUAGUAACUUUGAAUAUUUUGUUAAAUUUUGUGUUUACAUCCACUUUACUUUUCAAGUAUCUAGGUUAUUGCUUUCAAACUUUAAAUACUUUCUUACACGAUGAUGGUACUGUACCUGGCAAGUUUAAUUUGACCUUGACCUUUAAAUGACCUUGACUCUCAAGGUCAAAUUAAUAAAUUUUGCUUACAUUGCCAUAACUCCUUUAUUUAUGAUCAGAUUUGAUUCAUACGUUGACAAAACAACACUUACCUGACAUACCACAAUGCACUCCACCCAAACCAUCCCCCACGCCCCACCCCAGAACCC